CCGGGCAGCCCCGGCGGCCGCCGCCUCCUCGUCCCCCGGCUUUGGCGCGGGGAAGGACCGCAGCUAGAGGGAGCUGCUCCGGACCGCGUCUGCCCGUGCGUCCCGGUUCUUUCACAGGCUCCCCCGCCCCUCCCCUCCCUCCUUCCCCCGUGAUGGCGGAGGACAGCGAGUCUGCGGCCAGCCAGCAGAGCCUGGAGCUGGAUGACCAGGACACCUGCGGCAUAGACGGCGACAAUGAGGAGGAGACCGAGCACGCCAAGGGAAGUCCUGGAGGGGAUUUGGGAGCGAAGAAGAAGAAAAAGAAGCAGAAGAGAAAAAAGGAGAAACCAAAUUCUGGAGGCACCAAAUCAGAUUCUGCAUCUGACUCCCAGGAGAUUAAAAUUCAACAACCUUCAAAAAAUCCAGCCAUUCCAAUGCAGAAGCUUCAAGACAUCCAGAGAGCAAUGGAGCUGCUCUCUGCAUGCCAAGGCCCAGCAAAGAAUAUUGAUGAGGCUACCAAACGUAAAUACCAGUUUUGGGAUACACAACCUGUACCUAAGCUUAAUGAAGUUAUAACUUCACAUGGUGCAAUUGAACCAGAUAAGGACAAUGUCCGCCUAGAGCCAUAUUCUUUGCCACAAGGUUUUAUGUGGGACACACUGGAUCUUAGCAAUGCUGAAGUUCUGAAGGAGUUAUACACACUAUUAAAUGAAAAUUAUGUAGAAGAUGAUGAUAAUAUGUUUAGGUUUGAUUAUUCACCUGAAUUUCUUCUGUGGGCAUUACGUCCUCCGGGCUGGUUACCGCAGUGGCACUGUGGGGUUAGAGUGUCUUCAAACAAAAAACUGGUAGGAUUCAUAAGUGCCAUCCCUGCAAAUAUUCGUAUUUAUGACAGUGUGAAGAAAAUGGUAGAAAUCAAUUUUCUGUGUGUCCAUAAGAAACUGAGAUCUAAACGGGUGGCGCCUGUACUGAUUCGGGAAAUAACCAGAAGAGUAAACUUGGAAGGAAUUUUUCAGGCUGUUUACACUGCUGGAGUGGUACUUCCCAAACCUGUGGCCACUUGCAGGUAUUGGCAUCGAUCACUAAAUCCCAGAAAAUUGGUGGAGGUGAAAUUUUCACAUUUGAGUAGAAACAUGACUCUACAAAGAACAAUGAAGCUCUACAGACUUCCUGAUGCCACAAAGACUUCAGGUUUGAGACCAAUGGAGCAAAAAGAUACUAAAGCAGUACAAGAAUUAAUCAAUACUUACUUGAAACAGUUUAAUCUUGCUCCUGUGAUGGAUGAGGAAGAGGUGGCCCACUGGUUCCUGCCUCGGGAUCAUAUUAUUGACACUUACGUGGUAGAGGGUUCAAAUGGUAUUUUGACAGACUUCCUCAGUUUCUACACAUUACCUUCAACAGUGAUGCAUCAUCCUGUUCAUAAAAGCCUCAAAGCUGCCUAUUCCUUUUACAAUAUUCAUACAGAGACUCCCCUGUUGGACUUAAUGAAUGAUGCACUCAUUAUAGCUAAAUUGAAAGGAUUUGAUGUGUUCAAUGCGCUAGACUUAAUGGAAAACAAAACAUUCCUGGAAAAACUCAAGUUUGGGAUUGGAGAUGGAAAUUUGCAGUAUUACUUGUACAACUGGAGAUGUCCAGGCAUGGAAUCUGAAAAGGUUGGUCUUGUAUUACAAUGAGAAUGCUUAUGUUUCUAGAACUCUUGAGGUCAUCGUUUGAGUUAAUUUGAUCUCCAUAACUCUUGAAAUGGUAUUGUUCAAGAGGAGUAAAAGCACAACGUCAGUGAUACUGAAAUAGUCCAUUAAUUCUGAUCAAUGAAGACAUCCACAUGUGACCAAAUUUAUGCAUUUUCAAAUAGAUCAGACGGUCCAUGAAACUCUUCUAUUGUCCAUGAAAAGAAUAAAAAGCACAUUCAUUUAAGUUUCAAAGCUUAGCUUGCACCUGGAUGAGAAGAAGGUAUUUUUUUCCACUCUGUAGAAAAGACUGUUUUGUACAAACUGAACUUCAGUGGUGGAUUAGGGUACAAAAAUAUUUGCUAUUAUGUGGAUGAACUGCUGCAUUUCUAUUUAUUAAGUGGUGAUGUAUGUAUAUCAAUGUAACAGAAUGAAGGAUACAAACUGGAGUAUCUUUGCUUAUUUACUUAACUUGGAUAUCAUAAUUUGGGGGAAAAUCACAAAGUACGAUGCGUUUGUAGCUCUGUGAAAGUCCUGGAUGUUUUUGUAACUGGAGCAGUAUGACAGUGUACUGGUUUAACUAGUGCAUUUGUUUCUCCAUAAGCAACGCUGCCAAAUCAAUAAAAAAUACAGAUUUGUACUUUGAUCUUCAAUAGAUCAGUGGAUUGAUUUAACAGUAUCGCACUGUUCAGUGCAGGUGUUAUCUGUGUUGCCAGAAUGAUAAUACAUUACUGUACUUAAUUUACAGUUGUGGCACAAUACCUUAGUUUUUCCUCAGUAGAAUAACAUCAGCCUGUGUGUAAAACUAAGAAUUUUAGUAGUGCUAUCAGGAUAUUUAUAGUUUGAAUGUUUUUGACGCUUCUGCGAAAUUGCACAUAUUCCUUUGUCUACUUUGAUUUCCUAUGAAGUCUGUAAUUCUAAUGAAAAGUACCUUGUGUAAAUAUGUAUUCAUAAAUUGUUCCUGGUAAUGUUUUUAUCCUGACUUUGGAACAAGAAGUUUUGCUAUAUAUGGGCUGGUAAGCAGAAGAGAAAUCUCUGCCCUCAGUCCUUGGAAGUCUGUACUGCACUUCCCGAAAUGUUGGAGGGCUGGUCUUUGUUGGGUGGAGCUAUUUUAAUUCCCUCAUGAAUGCUCAGCAACAGGAGUGGCUUCUGAAGAACUUUUUAUGCAUUCCAGCGUAGCAUCAUAGCUAGAGAUGAUAGCAGUCCUUUCAGCUCAUGGAUGCUGCAGAAUCGUGAGCACUGAGAAAAUCUGUGUUAAGAAACUGUUCUAGCUGAAAGUGCCAAAUCGUGGUAGUGAAGCCUCUGUGCUGUGAGCAUCUUUUGAAUGUGACUUGAAUAUCUCAUGAAAUGCAAAUGUCUAACUUUCCUUUUAAAUAUGCCUGUAAUUAUGACAGCAGAUUUUGCUGAAAGUUUAAUUCUGUACAUGAAGAUAAAUUUGUCUGUUCUUCAUAACUGUUAGCCCUACCCACCACCUUGUAGCAGUGGGGUUUUUCUUUCUUCCCCCUCCUUUUCCACUGUGUGAAUGGUUUGUGGUUUGGUUUCUUCUUCUUGUUGAAUUGUGGUGAGAGGAUUCUGCCCUAGGAACAGUGAUAAAUACUUUCCCUUACUGCAUUAUAGCUGAUUAAAGUAUUCGACCUCCUUCAAAAAAGGAAGGGACUGAACGUGGUUUGUUUGACCCAUGGUUGUGCACCAGCUUGGGACCUCAUGAAUUUAAAAGGACUUCAAAGGAGAUCUAAUGGUGCAGUUGGGCUUUACAUCUCUGGCCAUUCUUGAUACCUCUCUGUUAGCAGCAGUGAAAACAGGUGGUGCAGAGACAGCUUGGACUCUGUGAGGCCUGAGCAGAAUUAAGUGCCUGAAAAUGUAAUUGAUGGUAGUGAUACCUGAGGUAACAAGAAGGAUUUAAUCUUGACCCUGUCAGAGACUUAACUCCUAAAAGGCAAGAAGAUGCCUCCUUGGCAGGGCAUUCUCAUGGAGUGCUCUGGGAUGAGGUUCACCAAGGAACUCUGUGUUCUGCUUCAGCUGUUAAAGGCAGAGCCUCAGCAGUCUUCACUCAGGGCACCACCCCUGAGGUGGGACAGCAGGGCAUAGCUCUGUCCUUGUGGCUAAGAUACUUUCAUGCUGGGACAGCCCAGGUGAAGUACAUGUUCAUGUUCCCUGCCUUCCCUCCCCUCAAAAAAAUGCAAGUGGAGGAAAUGUUAGGCAGAUGAUUUCUCCUCUGAAAUCAGAAGGCAGAUUCUCCCAGGUAUUGUCCUUGUAAAACCAUGAUGGCCAUGAUGGGACUAAGUAUGUCCAGGUAGAAGACAGACUUGAAUGUGGGUUUCCUGCAGCCUGACUUCUGCCAAAAUCUUCAGGUUAGGGCACAUGAUGGAAGGAGCACAGCCAGUCUUGUGCUCUCUUCUAGUAAAAUAGUGCCAUUUGCAUAAGAAUCCAAGGGAUAAACUUCUGUCUUGUCUGGCUCACUCUGCAUGUUCACUGAGGGGCUGGAGGGCAGACAUGCUCUUGUAGAAGCUGUGCAGCACUGUAGCUGAGAGAGAAAAUUUAUCAGCCCCCAGAGCAUGAGGGAAGCAGGCAUCUGAGCCCACAUGUUGGGGCAGCUCUUGGAGAGUUCUGUUCAAUGGUGUUAAGCAUGGCUUCUGUCCUUGCUGACUGCUCUCCACCUGUAGUGUUCUGCUGAA